AAGGUAUGAUAGGACUUGCUCAACCCACUGUUUCUGUUGUGCUAUCAGAAAUAAUAGAUGUCCUGGAAAAUUAUAUUUGCCAAAGAUGGGUAAAAUUUAGUAGCACAGAGGCUGAUCUGCAACAAAGAAAAGCACAUUUUUAUAGCAAAUACCGGAUUCCAGGAAUAAUUGGCUGUGUUGAUGGCACGCAUGUUAAAAUUGUCGCUCCCAGGAAAGAAGUUCAGCAUUUGUAUUACAACAGGAAGGGAUUCUACAGCAUUAAUGCUAUGAUUGUUUGUGAUCAUACAAUGAAAAUAACCUAUAUAAAUGCGAAAAAUCCAGGAGCUACUCAUGACUCCAUGGCUUUCAACAUGUCGCCAUUGAAAGCGCAUUUAGAGGAGCAACAUCUCAAUGGCCGUCGCAAUACUUGGCUCCUCGGUGAUGCUGGAUACGCUCUUAAACCUUAUUUAAUGACGCCGUUCAGAAACUCUGAGGAAGGGUCUCCACAAAGGACCUACAACAAACAACAUGCCAAAGCGAGAAGUAUAAUUGAGAGAACAAUUGGAGUCCUGAAAAAUCGAUUUAGAUGUUUGUUGCACGCAAGAGCUCUUCACUAUUCUCCAAUUCAAAAUCAAUCUAAUUUCUUUAAUAAAAAACAUUAA